UUUAUAUUAUACUAUAAUUAUAUUUUAGGAUGUUUAUUUAUAAUUUAUUUAUUAUUUUAUUCUAAAACGGUUUUUUCGGUUGAACUACUGGUUGGACCGGUUGGACCAGUAAACCAGUGAACCAGUGACUAGAACGGUUCGAUGACCGGUCCGGUUUUCAGAACCUUGGGAUAAACCACGCCGUUUCAUGUUUUUUAACAAAAACAAAAAAAAAACAAAAAGGAGCAAAUUAGUACCAAAACCAAAACCCUGCCCUAGCUUCCCUCGUGCUCCAAGUCUUCAACCCUUGUUCGCUGUCACCGAUCGCAGCUGCUUCUUCGAGCUCGGCGUCCGUCGUCUUUGUCUGCUCAGCUCAGCCGCCGUUUCGUUCACGUUCGCUCGGCGUUCACCGUUAGAGUUCACUCGCCGUUCACCGUUCGAGUUCGCAUUCGCUUUCGUCUGGAAGCCACGUUGCUCUGCUUCAAACUCUGCGACCAACCCGCGCGCUCCACCUAGCCGUCGAACUGCUCUCUUUUGUCGCCUCCGAAAUUCUUUGAGGUAUAUAAGAAUUAAGAAGGAAGACUAUUUCAAUGGCACACACAGCAGCGGCAUCUCACUCACCGUCACCGGCCUCCCACCAGCAGCUCUGACUCGUCUCCUCGCCGCCAGUCACUGCCUCCGCCUCUGCUUCUGCGCACUGUGCCUCCUCUGUCUCUGGCUCUCUGCUGAUGGCCUUCUCUGACUCCGCCUCAUGCUUCUCUUCUAUUGUCGAAGCUGAGCCAGGUUGCAGUGAAAAAUAAUGCAAUGGUUUCAGGACUCGCAAUACAUUCAAUCUCUUUCACAGACUCAACACUCUUGACUUAUUCUGAGGGGAACCAAAGGAAAGGAUUAGAAAUAAAGCCUUAAUCUGCAAAUUGGCAUUGAUUUUUCACUUAAAUGUGUAUUAGAAAACCCCCAUUCCCUCGUCUCCUCCUUAACAAUGUCUCUUGCAUGAGAAAUGCUCAGCAAGUUCUCCGUCAUGUCAAUGUCUCUCUCCAUGACGGAAGUGCGCUAGUCCUAACUGGUGCAAAUGGCUCUGGCAAGACCACCUUCCUCCGCAUGCUAGCUGGAUUUUCCCGUCCCUCAGCCGGUGAAAUUCUCUGGAAUGGACACAACAUACAAGAUUCUGGAAUCUUCCACCAGUACAAGCUCCAGCUCAACUGGCUCUCCCUCAAGGAUGCAAUCACUGAUCGGUCCACGGUUCUCGAAAAUGUUGAGUGGUUUGAGCUUCUUGAAGGAAAGUAUGGCAGGGCUUUACCUGCGCUUGAGUUGAUGGGGCUGGGCAGAUUGGCCAAGGAGAAGCCAAGGAUGCUAUCCAUGGGGCAGCGGAAAAGAGUGCAACUUGCAAGGUUGAUUGCUCUCGAUCGACCCAUAUGGUUGCUUGAUGAGCCUUCCGUUGCGUUGGAUGAUGAAGGGGUGAAGUUACUUGAGUACAUCAUCUCGGAACAUCGGAAAAAUGGAGGGAUUGUGAUUGUGGCUACUCAUUUACCUAUUGAAAUACAUGAUUCCAUGUUGUUGCGGCUCCCACCCAGGUUUCCAAGGAGGAUGACCUUCUUUGAUAUGCUUGAUCGCUCCGAUAUUAUGUAAUUGGAUUAAAGUUCUGGAAGUAGUUAUUUACAAUGUAAUUUGUGAUAAUGGGGUCAGAAAAGUUAGUUGUUUUACUGUAUCUUUUCUGAAAGGGAACAUUUUAUGAUAAGAGCUAAUGAUAACAAUAUUUUGUAGGCACAUUUAGCCUUCAGCUGAGAAAGAGAUAAUUUUUUAUUCUAA